UCCCUUAUUGUGUACAACCAUGACCUGUGUCCUGCAAAUUUUCAGAACAAAUGUCAAACCGUGCAAAUUGAGGCUAACUGCGAACUGUCUUCCAUUGAUAAGUGCAUCCAGCAACUUCAGUACAUCCGGCAGAAGAUAUAAAGCUAAAUUCUUUGAUUCAGCUGAUGAAGCCAUACAAGAUAUACCAGAUGGAUCAAAACUGUUGGUUGGAGGAUUUGGAUUAUGUGGAAUACCUGAGAACCUAAUUCAAGCUUUACUGAAAACAAAGGUGAAAGAUUUAACAAUUGUCAGUAACAACGCUGGUGUGGAUGAUUUUGGUCUUGGAUUGUUACUUAAGCAGAAACAGGUUAAGCGUAUGAUAUCAUCAUAUGUGGGGGAGAAUGCAGAAUUUGAACGACAGUAUUUGUCAGGUGAAUUGGAAGUUGAGCUAACACCACAGGGUACGCUGGCUGAGAGAAUAAGAGCUGGUGGAGCAGGUAUCCCAGCAUUCUUCACACCUACUGGUUAUGGAACUUUAAUACAGACAGGUGGCGCUCCAAUCAAAUAUAACAGUGAUAAAUCUAUAGACAUUGCUAGUCAACCAAGGGAGGUUCGGGAUUUUAAUGGAUUUCAGUAUAUAAUAGAAGAGGCCAUCACAGGAGAUUUUGGUUUGAUUAAAGCAUGGAAAGCUGAUAAGGCAGGCAAUCUAACUUUCAGGAAAACAGCUAGAAAUUUCAAUCCUCCUAUGUGUAAGGCAGCUAAGAUAACAAUAGCCGAGGUGGAGGAGAUAGUUCCAUGUGGUGCUAUACCUCCUGAGGAUGUUCACGUACCUCAUGCCUUUGUUCAAAGAGUUAUCAAAGGGCCAAAAUAUGAGAAAAGAAUAGAGAGAUUGAAACUUCGUAAAGAAAAAGGCAGCACCACUCAUGCUACAGAUACAGCAUCACUUAUGAGGGAAAGAAUAAUAAGGAGGGCAGCACUAGAAUUCCAUGAUGGUAUCUAUGCAAACCUUGGUAUUGGUAUGCCUAUGUUAGCCAGUAAUUAUAUAACACCAGGAAUGACAGUACAUUUACAGAGUGAAAAUGGAAUUCUGGGAUUGGGUCCAUUUCCAUCACAAGGAGAGGUAGAUCCAGACCUAAUUAAUGCUGGUAAAGAAACAGUUACAAGUAUACCUGGUAGUUCAUUCUUUUCCAGUGAUGAAUCUUUUGCAAUGAUUAGAGGUGGUCACAUUGAUUUAACAAUAUUAGGUGCCAUGCAAGUGUCACAAUAUGGAGAUCUGGCCAAUUGGAUGAUACCGGGUAAAAUGGUUAAAGGAAUGGGAGGAGCUAUGGAUCUUGUAUCGAGUCAUCAAACUAAAGUCAUUGUCACUAUGGAACAUGCUGCUAAGAAUGGUGAACAUAAAAUUCUUGCAGACUGUAGUUUACCAUUGACUGGUAAAAACUGUGUAAACACAAUUAUUACAGAGAAGGGUGUGUUUGAUGUAUCACCUGACCAAGGAUUGAUAUUGAUAGAAAUAGCGGAUGGUCUUUCUGUGGAGGAUAUAAAACAGUGUACAGGAUGUUCAUUUCAUGUUUCAUCAGAUUUAAAACCAAUGGGACAGAUUGAUGAUCCUCAUGCAUAAUUCAUGAUAUUGUAAUCAGUGUUUUGUCGGAGGUGCUACCUCAAAAGAAGUCUUCAUUAUUAAGAAGUGCCGUGUUGAUAUGAAACAUUUACAAUACUAUUAUAAAGAAUGGAAUGAAAUGUUCAAAAUGGUUUUAAUCAUGAUGAAUAGUUGAGACUGCAUUUCACUACUCAACUAAAACUAUAGUUUUCUGAGAACAGUAUGUACUGAAUGCAUGCAGCUUUCAUUUGAAAAUAAGCAUAACCCAUUUUGGUUGUAUUUCUCUUAAUAAGCUCUGGGUGAUAUGACAAGCAUUUUAAAAACAAAUGGAUUUUUACAAUAAAUGAUGCUGAGCAUUUCUUUCCAUGUUUAUGUAAUUUGUAUGGAAUUGUUUCAGAUACUUUUUUAAGAUACCAAUUACUUUGUCAUAUUAGUGCUAUGUGUUUGCUUUAAUCUACAUAUACAUUGUCAUGAGUAGAUCUUUUAUAUAAGGACUGUUCCAUACAAAAUAUGCAUGGAACCUAGGAAAGUAACUCCCAAAUCUGAAGUAUCGGUGAGUGAAAUUCUAAAUUGCAUCUGCUGGUGGUUACUUAAUUUUGAAAAGGAACACUCUAUAUUAUUAUUUGAAGAAGAUUAUUGUCAGUUUAUUAGUUAUAAUUGUAAUUAUCAAAAUCUAAGAGUUUUGAAAAGUACAAUUUUGGUAGUGAAUAGAUUUAUAUUCCAUAUUAGUUUCUUUAUUGUGGGGGUAUCUAUAUUUUCCCAUUUAAACAAAAGGUAUAUUUAUUAUCUCCAUUGAACAAAAAGUAUUUAUGUAUUUUCAAUUGUACAAAAGGCAUAGAUUCUUCAACUGUAUCAAACAGGGGGGGUAUCCAACUAUAUGUCCCCAUUCAAAUGCAUUGAUCAGCCAAAUAAAAGGGGGAUUCCAACCCUGGACCCCCCCAAUAUUACAUGUAUUUAUAAACUGAGAUUUUUAGAGAAUACACACCUCUACUGAGCAUUGAAUUAAUUUUUUUUAUUUUUCAAAAAUUCAGUAUCUUAAAGGAUUGUUGUAUUAUAUAUUUUGAACCAUAUUCUAAGACAUUUACCUAUUUUGUUUUCCCAUUGAUGGUUUAUUUAAUCUGAUCUGUAAAUGGAGAUACUCAUUCAAAAAAUACAUUUUUAUCUGUCAGUCCUUAAAAUAUACUGCUAAAAAAACCUUUCUUUGCCAAACGAUGCAAUAAUGAAUGUUUACCUUAAUAGCUGUUUUUGAACUAGUCAUUUUAUUUAAGUAUGCCAAACUAAACUAUAAAAUAUAAGACCAAGUAUAUUCAGAAAAGCAUUUAUACAUGAAAAUGGGUACUAUUGAAAUUCUGGUUAAAGGAAUUUGUCAACACGCUGGAAUUUCUUGCUACAUUGAAGACCUGUAGGUGACCUUCUGCUGUUGUUUUUCUUUUUUUUUUCUUUGGUCGGGUUGUUGUCUCUUUGACACAUUCCCCAUUUCCAUUCUCAAUUUUACUAUAAACCAUGUAGAACAUUUUGUAACUUAUGAAUCUAAUUGAGUAUAAAAAAUCAUGUUGACAAAUUUUUAUAGCAUUAAAUAAUCAGUGGUGUAUGUAAAGAACUGUGAUAUUAAUAUUUGAUGAUGACAGCUAAUAAAAGGUGUCUUUGUUUUA